AUGCUACUGAAAAAGACCACAAACCCACCAAUGCCUGCUGAACAGUCUUUGGCGUGUCACAAAUUUGUGACGCGUUUGCUACAUGAUUCGACUGAUUCGACUGUUAACGGAACUGGUGAAGCAAAUUUUUCAGUUGACAAACGUCGAGAUCUGUUACGGUCUGCGAAACAUCACGAUGUUGCUUCCUUUGUAACAAGGAGCCGCGUCUGUCACCUGUUGUUUGCCACUCAAUCUGGCCGAGCGAAGGCUUGUGCUCGCCGAAGCGCUCGUAUCAUUUCCGAAACCGUUCCAAGUCUGACCCUCUUGCAGAAUCGCGUCGGAGCUACAUUUGACGACGAGAUCAAGGGUGAUUUGCAAACGUUCGUUAAAAGGACCAAACAAAGCAACGCAUUCUUGUUAUUGUUUGUUAGCACGACCGGGGAUGGAGAACAUACUGAUACCAUAAGACAAACCUGGCAGCAAUUCUUAGGAGAUCGAGCGUACGGUCCUCAAUAUUGUGCUGCAGGGCGGAAGCUGGCGGUCCGUUUGAUGCAGCUUGGUGCGACUACAUUUUGCCAGCCGGGAUACGGAGAUGAUGGCACAGCAAACGGUGGUGUGAUUGCUGAUCUAGAUGUAUGGAUUGAUAGCAUAUUGUUGCCCGCAAUCAAAGCUCUAGGGUUGCCAAAUGAAGGUCCCCGCAGAUCGCCAUCCUUCAUCUCUCCAGGAUCAAGACGAGCGGCAUACAGUGUAAUUGUAUCGGACGAGCGUCGUAAGGGACCUUUACUCGACGAGUGGAUGGAACCAGGGUUUAGCCAUGCAUACAGCGCGUUCUUCUCGCAUUUGAGGCCGCUAACGGCGUAUAGCUAUAAUGGCUCUUUACAUCGGGUCGAGACGACUGGGUGUGUUAGCCGGAUCUCCGAGGAACCCUUGCUAACACGUGUCGAGGACAACAUUCGUUUAACAAGAAGUGAAUGGGAACAGGAGACACGGCACAUUCGCUUAGUCGCAGCUAGAAAAGCGACGCAGCCCGAAACUAUUGCCUACCAAUGGAAGCGAAAUUCGCUACCCUACCAAGCAGGUGAUGUCGCUUCGGUAAUACCAUCCAACGAUCCAGAAGAAGUGUUGAAAUUCCUUCGUGCGCUUCCCCCACAAAUUCACGAAAAUAGUGAUUGUAUUUUGACCAUUACCCCCAAAAUGCUGAACACAGCUGAGUUUUUGGGAGUGUGCUGCCCUUUCUGGCCUAAACGUUGUACCCUAUAUGGUUGGCUGAUCUUUUGUGCGGACAUUCAUGCUCUACCCGAACGCGAAGACUUGAGGGCGCUAAGUGAGUUUUGCUCCUUGGAACACGAGUUUGGGAAAGAUCAGCGGGCCAAACUAAUCUCGCUGAGCGAUUUGUCGGGUGCAGCGCUCUACGGUGACUAUGUUUUGAGAGAAAAGCGUAGCUGGGCCGAUAUCCUACACGACUUUGACUCCCUCCGCGCACCAGGCUCGCAAUUGACAGUCGAGGUGGUGCUAGGUCUAUUGUCACCAAUACAAUGUCGGGAAUUUAGUAUCGCCAGCUCACCAUCGUAUGAAAUGAUGAAGAUGACUUGUGAAGCUUCCGACAAACCGAAUGCGAAUGGCUUCGCUAUAGAGCUGUGUGUAGCUAAGGUAGAGGGAACUACACCCCUCGGGAGAGCCUAUCAUGGCCUCUGUUCUAGCUAUCUUUCACGUCUUAAUGAUCGGAGAGGGGAAUCACCAUCAGAAGUUCGAAUGUGGAUACGUCCAGGGACGUUUUCGGGUUUGCCUUUAGAACUUUCUAGCGAAUCGCAGUCAAACAAACGUCUGGACGUACCGACACUUUUUAUUGGAGCCGGUACUGGUAUUGCCCCGCUGCGAGGGCUGAUUUAUGAACGGGAAGCGAUGUUUAAUCUCGUGAACGGGCUGGAAAAUGGAAGUAUGAGUAACGACAUCAACAACAUUGAUGAGAAUGGUCUACAGUGUGACAAUGUUUUGUGUUUCGGAUGCAGGAAGAAAGACUCCGACUUCUACUACGAGCACGAGUGGCAAAAACUCUCCCAAACCGGUCGUCUAGGCAUGUUGACAGCUUUCAGUCGCGAUCAGUGGCACAAGAUUUACGUGCAACAAGUCUUGGAAAAGGCCGACGCGGAGGAAACGUUCUUGACCAAUCAUUUACUGCAUCGCAAUGGGGCAAUCUACAUCGCAGGUGGGCCGAACAUGGCACGCAGGGUCAAGCAGUUAAUUGUGGAAUCUCUUGCUAGAGCCUGUGGAGAUGAUCAGAAAGCAGCUCUGAGAAUACUAAAUCAAAUUCAGCUGGCAGGGCGUUUUAGCAUCGAAGCGUGGAGCUAAGUAAGGAAAAUCAUUGUGCAUCAGACCAAUGAUUGAAAGUCUCAAUGGAGAUGACUGCAGUUUUGUGUAUAGACUUUUGCAGCUACUUUGCUGUACCCCAUUCUUUCCUUGUCGACGACAACCUAACUCAUAGACAAAAGAAAAUAAAUAAGAAUAAGAUUGUGAUAU